AGGUAGCUAUACGCAUCUACACCUUCAGAAGAGAAUCAGUCAAAGGGUCCAGGUGAACCAAGAAAAAAUGGGGUCUCUCACUUAUCUAAGUGUCUUCCUGGCCAGUUUCCUGGUUUCAAGCUCCCUUGUGGGAGUUAAGGCUGACACAUGUGCCAGGGAGUGGCUGCAAUACCAGGGCAACUGCUAUGGCUAUUUUGAAGCUAAGAAGACCUGGGAAGAAGCUGAGAUCGAAUGCCAGAGUUACCACCGUGGGGCACACCUUGCCUCUAUCCUCACUGUUGCAGAGACUCUUGUGGUGGCUGAUCACAUCUUCGCUUACCAGACAGAACCCAGCAAUGUGUGGAUUGGACUGCAUGAUAUCCGACAUAACGGCAAGUGGAGGUGGUCAGAUGAGUCUACGUACAACUAUAAAGCAUGGAUGCUGGGGGCACCCAACAAACGGGGCGGAAAUAAAUACUGCGUGGAGCUGCUACGUUCCGUGAGUGGGGCAGCUGUUCCUGAUGCCGACUCACCUCAACAGUGGGAAGAAAGAGUCAUCAUUAAACGUUCAGAUUUCUCAAAAUGGAAUGAUGCGGCAUGCCACAAACAGAAUGCCUACAUCUGCAAGCAUGAACUGUAGAGAGGGCAUUGGCUCAACCGUCACUUCAAGAUGGAAGGAACUCAGAUGAAUGGGACUCCCGAUGGACCUUCUGCAAUUCCAGUACAUCUCGAAGACUCGCCUUUGCAAAGGAGAAGGUCUUCUGGGUCAACCUACACAGAAUCUUCUAAACCCAAAUGAUACUGCCCCUUUUCAAAACAGUCUCUGGGCAUUUAUCUGCAUUAGAAACUUUAAGUAGUUUAAGUCAUUCUCUCUCUCCUGGGGAACCCUGGGAACCAUAGUU